AUGAGCUCAUUUGCUUAUAAAUAUGGUGGCCUGCUCGCGCUCACACUACAACAAGCCGCAAUGCCACUCCUCGUUCGCUACACUCGUUAUCGAUCACCCGAUGAGGUGUUCAUCACGACGGUCAAUGUUUUCAUGAUGGAUGUCAUCAAGUUCAUCGUUUGCUCGAUGAUUCUCAUUCGAUCAACAUCAUUUUUGAGAUUCCUUAAAGAUCUUUACUCGGCGUUUUGGGUGAAUCGGAUAGAGACCUUGAAGGUUUGCAUCCCAGCUGUGAUCUAUGUACUCCAGAAUAAUCUUUAUUACAUUGCCGGCACACAUUUGGAAGCGACGACAAUUUAUAUCUGCUAUCAGUUGAAGAUGUUCACGACGGCUUUUUUGAUGAGAUUGAUGUUGGGGAAGAGAUUCUCCGGGAAACAGUGGAUUGCUUUAUGUAUUCUUGUGGCUGGAGUGAUCAAUGUGCAACUCAUUUACUCUCCGCCAUCAACGAAUGAAGAAAGCGUCGAACAGAAUCCAAUGAUCGGUUUCUCUGCCGUUUUCUUGAUGUGUUUUACAUCGGCAUUAGCUGGUGUUUAUUUGGAAAAAGUGUUGAAAGGAAGCGAGGAAUCGGUUUGGAUACAAAAUGUUCGAUUGGCUUUAGUUGGAUUGCCAAUUUCAGCAAUUAGCAUGUUUGCUUAUGACUUGGAAGCGAUCAAGACUGAUGGUUUCUUUAGAGGCUGGGAUUUCUGGGUACUCAUUCUCACAAUUUUCAAUUCGGUUGGUGGCCUUUUAAUUGCAGUAGUGAUGAAAUAUGCGGAUAACAUUUUGAAGGCUUUUGCACAGAGCAUGGCGAUAAUCGGAGCUGCCCUCGGCAGUUGGAUGCUCUUUGAUUUUGUGCCCGGUUUCCAAUUUAUGUUUGGAGCUGCAAUGGUAAUGUUCUCUAUUGUGCUCUACUCACUGUACCCCUAUCGACCAUCAUCAACUUUUGAUCUACAGAAAAUCAAAUCAAAACAAAUAUUGCCAACCACAAAAGAAUUGUUGAGUAAA